UGCGAUUUGAACUGUUUUCUUAGCGUUUUAUUAAAUAUCGGACAUGUGAUAACGCUUUUAUGGGGUUAUUCUGAGCGUUUUGCUUCGUCCGUGGAGGAAUAUGGACUCCAAAAGAGUCCCAGCACAAACGGGUCAUGCAGAUUUCACCCAGAGCGUGGAAGACGAUCCUCUGAUCGAUGGGCCGCUCGUAUCCCGGGACUGUCUGGAGUCGGCCAUCAAGAGAGAGUUCCGAAAGCUGCCUACCUCCUGGAUCGCUGGUCUACUGGCGGUGGUACAUGCGGCGUACGUGGCCCUGUCGGUGGUCCUGGCGGCGCUGUGCUGGUUGACUGACGCCAGGUCGGCAGAGUGCAGCGCGGCGCUGAGCGGCGUGGACUCCAGGACCCUGGUGUUGCUGGGGAAGGUGCUGGUGUGGCUGCUCUUCUUCCUGUUCGAGAGGUGCGUCCAGCACCACCACGGUUCGGCCCGCAGGAGGGGAUACCUGCGCUUCUACAGGAGCACCAGCGGGGUCAAGCGACUGCCGCUGCUCGUGCACUCCGCAGGUAACGCAGCAGUGUUGGUGGUAGUCGCCCCCUCCACGAUGCUGGACGAAAGAGUGAAAAACCUCUCGGUGUAUCUCCUGCUGGCCGUCAUCUGUGUGGAACUGCUCGUCUCCAUCCUGUGCCUCCUCGUAUACUCAGUGCACGUGGUGAGGUUCAACGCCCAGCGCCCGGGCCCCGACGUCAGCGAAGAGGAACGGUCUCACGCCUACUCCGCCCACGCCAGCGCCACGCACACCGAGACCGGCUUCAGAGACGGCUCCAGUCUGGAGGACGUGGUGGAGAAGCAGGCCGACCUGAUCGAGUAUCUGAAGCAGCACAACACGCUGCUGAGCAAACGGAUCCUGGCGCUCAGCUCUCGACCAAUCAGAGACUGAGUACAGAGGGCUGAAAGUGACCCUCUAAUUCCUCUGUUUGCCCGGGUUUGUGUGUGUGUGUGUGUGUGUGUGUGUUUGUGUUUGCUGACCGACGGCGGUGGCCGUGCUCGACCGAUCACAGGGAUUUUGGCGGGAAAAGGAUCAUCGCCUCCCUCACCUCAGCGCUCUUCUAAUAACCUGUUAGACAUGGGUUGCCACGUCUCUUCAAACCCCCCUAAACACAUUCAGUGCUCUUCUGCUAGCUUCUCCAGUGAGACAUUGGUUGCCAUGUCUCUUCAAAUCCCCACAAAACACAUUCAGCGCCGGGCUGUUAACAUCGCCAGUGAGACAUUAGUUGCCAUUUCUCUUCAAAACCCCCCAAACAUGGUCAUUGCUUUUCUGAGAACUUCUCCACUGAGAUAUGGCAUUGGUUGCCAUGUCUCUCUAAAUCCCCACAAAAGACGUUCAGUGUAAAUUCUCCAGCGAGACAUCGGUUGCCACGUCUCUGCAAAUCCCCCUAAACACGUUCUGAUGACCUCUCCAGUGAGAAAUUGGUUGCCAUGUCUCUUCAAAUCCCCCCAAAAACAGUCUGAUAACUUUUCCAGUGAGACAUUGGUUGCCAUGUCUCUUUAUAUCCCUUGAAACACGUCCAGUGCUCCUCUGAUAGCAACCAAUGUCUCACUGGAGAAGUUAUGUUACUUGAAAUCCCCCCAUACACGUUCGGUGCUCUUCUGAUAACUUUUCCAGUGAGACAUUGGUUGCCAUGUCUCUCCAAAUCCCUCAAAAAAAGGUCCUUGUACUAUAAACGAGCACAAGUUUGCGGACAUCGCAUUGCACCAUACUAAAAAUCUUGUUUUCGGGGAGAUUUCGGAGCGCGUCUGUGAGGAUCUGUCAACCCGCACCCAUCAGACAAGGAGGCCGCUUCACAGUCGAUGCUCCGAUGGCUCGCCGGGCUUCAUGCAGGUCACUGGUGUCUUUAUGGACUUACUUUGUGCACAGGGUGUUAGUCACAGUAAACUGGGACAGGAAAAGGCCCUUCCCCAAACUGUACCCAGAAUUACUUCAUAUAGAUAUGCACAUGUUAUACAUACAUAUAUGUUUUCUUUAUAUAGUUAAAUUCAUCAUGAAACAUGAGAGGUAUCCACAUACUUUUGGACAUUAUUUGCUAUAUGGAAUAAUAGGUGGGGUGGGGCACUGUGGUGGAUUGGGACUCUGUACAGAAUAUUCCUGCUUUCGGCCCUGGAACCGGACCCACCGUGACCCUGACCAGAAUAUUUUACACGUUUGAUUGUCCUUUAAGCUGUGAAUCCUUUGUUUUUAAAUAAAACGUAUGAAAUAAUAA